AUGAAAAAGGUUUGGCUUGCUGCUCUUACACUGAUGCACCUGGAGCUCUCAAUGACGGUUGUCACAGCCCCGAUCUGUGCCUAUGGAAAGGCUGGAUGCCAUAUUCCUACUCUGGCUGAUCUCUUUGACAGGGUCAUGCAACAGUCUUCAAGAAUGCAUGGCAUCUCCAGCGAUCUGCACUCUGACUUUGAGCAAUUCUUCUUUCCCAGGAAGAACCUCUUAGGAAAACACAAGUGCCACACAUAUGGCAUACUAACACCAGACGAUAAGGAGAAUGCACAGAGGCUGGGGCGAGAACAACUAAUAGCGGUGAUCUUGAGCCUGCUGGAGGCCUGGGGUGACCCCCUGACUCAACUCCACCAGAGCAUGUCUCAGGACCAGAAUCAAGACUUCAACCACCACAGUUACAACAAGGCACUGCAGAUCAGUGAUAUGGUGCAUGAGCUGUGGGAGGGGGUGGCAAUAAUGGCUGAGAAGAUGAAGCGGUUGGGAGUGCUUGACAACACUGUGGGUUACAUGUCUCCUGAAAGAGUGGUCCCCUCUUCUUCCUUUUCCUUCUAUAAACAAGGAGAACUCAACUCAAUGGACCAUCAUGACCUACUAUAUUGCUUCCGCAGGGACUCUAACAAAGUCAAAAAUUAUCUCCGUAUCCUGAAAUGCACCAUCCUUCCCGGACUGGACUGCUAA